AAGAAUUUGUUUUCAGUUCCCGACUAUUGCUCCAGCAUUCACAUUAAUAUUUAAUAUUUACAUAAAUACUAAAAAGUGCGUCUCUGACAGUCAUAAGUAAUUUUUUUGUAUUGAAUAGAAAGGUUCACUAAUCGUGAUUAUUUUUUUUCGAAUAUGGCGAGUAUAGAUGCUUGUUUAUCGGUUACACAAAAAAUACUCAAACAAAAGAAGACUUGCAGAAAACUUUAUAGUAUUCAACAUCUAUUGUCUAAAAGAAACCAGUCAUCGUUAUCACAAAAUGACCCUGAAAAGUGUGUGAAACCAGAUAUCGAUAUCACAUUAUGCAAAUCCACAAAGCUUAAUGAUAAUGUCACCAACAUUCUAAAAAGCGGCACUCAAAUUAAGUUUGGCACUAUUUUCACUGACCACAUGCUCAAAAUACACUAUGACAAGCAUGCAGGUGGUUGGCAGAAACCAUACAUCACACCCAUGGAACAUCUAAGCUUACAUCCUGCAGCCAAAGUUCUUCAUUAUGCCACUGAGGUAUUUGAAGGAAUGAAGGCAUAUAGAUCAGAACAUGGUCACAUGAAUCUAUUCAGACCGGAACUAAACUUGCAAAGGUUAAACUCGUCGGCUGAACGAGUAGGCCUACCAUCAAUAGACAGUGGCAUAUUGCUCAAAGGUAUUGAACGCUUGGUGUCUAUUGACAACGAGUGGUUACCUGUGUCUGCGCCGCUCAGUUUAUACAUUAGACCUAACCUCAUAGGCACAGAAGGCACACUUGGCGUAGCACAAGCAAAUUCAGCCCUACUCUACGUAAUAAUGUGUACAGUGGGAUCAUAUUUCUCUGAUAAAUUCAAGUCUAUCAAACUGAUGGCCAACCCGAAAUUCGCCAGAGCUUGGCCAGGUGGCUGUGGUGACUUUAAAAUAGGCGCAAACUACGCCACCACAUUAUACCCUCAGGAAUUAGCAUCAAAAUUAGGUUGUCACCAAAUGCUGUGGUUAUUUGGUGAAGACCGACAAAUCACAGAGGUUGGUGCGAUGAACGUGUUCAUUUUUUACAAAAAUCAAAAUGGAGAAAAAGUAUUAGCCACCCCAGCAUUAAACGGUAUGAUAUUACCAGGCAUCACCAGGCGGUCAGUAUUGGACUUAACUAAAGAGUGGGAUGAAUUUCGUGUUGAGGAGAGGAAGUUCACAAUGGAUGAAUUAAUUGAACUCAAUAAGAAUAACCAAAUACUUGAAUUUUUUGGAACUGGUACAGCAGCAGUCAUUAGCCCGGUAUCGUCAAUACUAUACGAAGACGAAUGCGUGGAGUUACCAACCAUGGAACAAUCAAACCCAUUGUACGGAAGGCUCUUUAAAGCAAUUACUGACAUACAGUACGGUCGGGUAGCUCAUCCGUGGACCAGAGUAGUGGACGAAAGACCACAUCUGUACGAAUCUCAGAACUAUAAAUAUGCCAACUAGAAUCUAUGUAAUAUCAAUAGAUCGCACGACACUUGAUAACGGUCAAUAGAUGAUAGUACAACAAACGACAAUUCAUGAAGCGUUUAUUUUUAUAAUAAAUGACUACUGCUAUUACUACCAAUUAAUAUAAUAAUAGUACGUUUAAAGAAAAAAUAAUAAUGAGAUAAAUCAAUUUACUUUAACAGUUGAGUCUGCUAAGUAAAAAUUAGCCGAGCACCAAAAUUGUAUUAAUUUCAUUUUAGAAUGUUAAGUCAUUUCAUUCUUGAUGAACUUGUUUAGUCUGCCAGUCUACAUUAUCUUCAAUUUAAAAAUAAUAAUAAAAUAGUUUAUUUUUUUAUGACAAACAAAUAUU